CUCCCUGCCCUCGCCAUGCCCAGAGCCUUCCUAGUGAAGCGCCGGAGCCCGCAGCCCGCGGUGCGCAGCUGGGAUGGGCUGCCCGACGAGGAGAGAGCCGACACCUACAUCCCAGGCGGGAUCGGCUGUGUGCUGCUGGGCUAUGAAGACACCUGCAGCUUGGAGAGCAGCAGCAGCAGCAGGACCCGGGACGCCGAGCCCAGCGACCCACUGACGCCUCAGCCUGCCCCUGCCGAGCUGGGCACGGGUGGGGGGAUGCUGCUGGACCUGGCUGUCAAGCAUCCCAUAGUCAGGUCAAAAAUCAAGUUCACCACUGGCACCUGCAAUGAUGCUGCCCUGUAUAGCUGCGAACUGUGUGGCAAAGGCUUUCGCCUACAGAGGAUGCUCAACCGUCACAUCAAGUGCCACAGCCAGGUGAAAAGACACUUGUGCACCUUCUGUGGAAAAGGCUUCAACGACACCUUUGAUCUGAAAAGGCAUGUCCGGACACAUACUGGCAUUCGUCCUUACAAGUGCGAGGUUUGCAACAAGGCCUUCACGCAGCGCUGCUCACUGGAGUCGCACCUAAAGAAGAUCCAUGGUGUGCAGCAGCAGUACGCCUACAAGCAGAGGAGGGACAAGUUGUAUGUGUGCGAGGACUGUGGCUACACAGGCCCUACCCAGGAGGACCUCUACCUGCACAUCAGCGGUUUCCACCCCGGCAGCGCCUUCCUGAAGAAAACCUCCAAAAAACUUGCAGCUGUUCUGCAAACCAAACUGAGCCCCAUCCUGCAGAGGAACUCCAAAGAGGAUGGCAAGGAUGAGUGACAGGGGAGCUC